AUUACACUAAUCACAUUUUGCAUAUCCAUAAUCAAAUAUUAAUCGAGUAUUCAAUCCCUUUAUGUUGGUUUGGAAUUUGAUAAAAGAAAGUGUAAAUGGCAUAUAAAGUGGAUCAUGAAUAUGAUUAUUUAUUCAAAAUUGUAUUGAUCGGAGAUUCGGGUGUCGGAAAAUCGAAUAUUCUUUCGAGAUUUACAAGAAAUGAGUUUUGCUUGGACUCCAAGUCUACUAUUGGUGUUGAAUUUGCAACAAGGACUCUUCAGGUAGAAGGGAAGACUGUUAAAGCGCAGAUAUGGGACACGGCCGGUCAGGAGCGGUAUCGAGCAAUCACAAGUGCUUACUAUAGAGGAGCGGUCGGGGCACUUCUCGUUUACGACAUAACCAAAAGGCAAACCUUCGACAACACCGUGCGAUGGCUCAAAGAAUUGCGAGACCACGCGGGUUCGAACAUCGUCGUGAUCAUGAUGAUCGGGAACAAAUCGGACCUCAAUCACCUUCGAGCAGUAUCGAAGGAAGAUGCCGAGAGCUUGGCAGAAAAAGAAGGUCUGUUGUUCCUAGAGACUUCGGCACUCGGAGCUAUCAACAUCGAUAAAGCGUUCCAAAAGAUAUUGAUGGAUAUUUAUCAAAUCUUGAGCAGAAAAGCAUUGGCAGCACAAGAAAAUUCGGCUACUAGCCUUCCUCGAGGAACUAGCAUCAUUCUCUCCAAGACCAACAAAAAUGGAAAUAAAAUUGCUUGUUGUUCUCCUUAGAA